AAUCGCAUCGAAUCGCUGGGUCGAAUUAAAUCAGUCAAAAACGCUGGAAAACAGCAAAGUAAGAGUUUUUCGCGUAGCAAUAACUAUUCAACGUUAUAGCAAUUACCGUUGGGAGUAACGAGAAACAGGAGUUGCACAUAUUUAAACACCGGUUGAUCGUAUUUUGCUGACCGAAAGUUGCGGUCGGCAAAUCGGCGUAUCAGAACGCCGCUUACCAAGCUUGGAGAUUUGGCGGGAGUCGGCAGAAUAUUGAACGUCAAGCAAAUUAAUAUUAUUUGUGCUUUCGCUUGCUGUGCCUGAAAAUGGGUGAUCGUGCUGAUGGAGCGGAAGCAUUUGAUGAUGCGGUCGAGGAGCGUGUCAUCAACGAAGAGUACAAAGUGUGGAAGAAAAACACUCCAUUCUUGUACGAUCUCGUUAUGACACAUGCGCUCGAGUGGCCAUCGUUGACGGCCCAAUGGUUGCCGGAUGUGACAAAGCCGGAAGGGAAGGACUAUUCGGUGCACCGGCUCAUACUCGGCACGCACACGUCGGACGAGCAGAACCAUCUGCUGAUUGCGAGCGUCCAGCUGCCGAAUGAGGACGCGCAGUUUGAUACGAGCCAUUUCGACAACGAAAAGGGCGAGUUCGGUGGGUUCGGCUCGGUGUCCGGGAAGAUCGAGAUAGAGAUCAAGAUCAACCAUGAGGGCGAAGUGAACCGCGCGCGUUACAUGCCACAGAACCCGUGCGUUAUCGCCACCAAAACUCCGUCGAGUGACGUGCUGGUGUUCGACUACACGAAGCAUCCGAGCAAGCCGGAACCGAGCGGCGAGUGUCAUCCGGACCUGCGCCUACGUGGACACCAGAAAGAAGGCUACGGUCUGUCGUGGAACCCAAACCUGAACGGGUAUCUGUUGUCGGCGAGCGAUGACCACACCAUCUGCCUGUGGGACAUCAAUGCCACACCGAAGGAGCACCGCAUCAUCGAUGCGAAGAACAUCUUCACCGGGCACACAGCAGUAGUGGAGGAUGUUGCCUGGCAUCUGCUGCACGAGUCGCUGUUUGGAUCGGUCGCCGAUGACCAAAAGCUUAUGAUUUGGGACACGCGCUGCAACAAUACUUCCAAACCAUCGCACACGGUUGAUGCACAUACGGCUGAGGUUAACUGUCUGAGCUUCAAUCCGUACUCGGAGUUCAUCCUCGCCACCGGAUCGGCAGACAAAACCGUUGCGCUGUGGGAUUUGCGUAAUCUUAAGCUAAAGCUGCACUCGUUCGAGUCGCACAAGGACGAAAUCUUCCAGGUGCAGUGGUCGCCGCAUAACGAAACGAUUCUCGCCUCGUCUGGUACCGACCGGCGGCUGCACGUAUGGGACCUGUCCAAGAUUGGCGAGGAGCAGAGUGCCGAGGACUCUGAGGAUGGGCCGCCCGAGCUGCUGUUCAUUCACGGAGGUCACACGGCUAAGAUUUCCGACUUCUCGUGGAACCCGAACGAGCCGUGGGUCAUCUGUUCUGUAUCGGAGGACAACAUCAUGCAGGUGUGGCAGAUGGCCGAAAAUAUGUAUAAUGACGAAGAACCGGACGUACCGGCGAGUGAGAUCGAGGUUGGGGGAUCUUAAAAUGCACCUAUCACUGUCCCUCGCCAUCUUGCAGAUGUUUCGUCUUAAAUUUGUUCGUUUUUUUUAUUUUCUCAUGUACUUUAAUCAUAAUCCUCACCAUUGAAAUAGUUGUAUUGUUUCUGAAACUGAUAAAAUAUGGCGCAUCAUCUUUAAAUCAAACCAGUUUUUGAAGCAGAUUGAAGCUAGUGUUUCUAUUCGAUGCGAUCCUUCUAAAUGUCUUUGUUUCCGACACGAUUCCGUAAUAAAUAAGAAAUUAUUCCAUCGCACUACACGAUACGGUGGUUAAAACAUUUGUACGUGGUGUAUCUA